UUUUUUGUUUGCAGUAAUGGAUUACAAUACAAAUGUGGAAUACUUUUAGAGAGGAAAUUACCAAGCUGACAAAAUUUUGACUACAGACGAUCCAAUGAUGCUUCCGCUACCACAAGUCUAUCAGUUCGACAACCACAUGUUUGGAUAUCAACACAGACCAAACGAUCAGCCCUACUAUGCAGAUCCUGCAGCAGUACUCACGCAAAACAGCCAUAGCAGCAAGCCAAAAUCGAAACCUGUCAAAAGAGUUAGAACACAAUAUACUUCACAACAGCUAAUUCAAUUAGAUAGUCAAUUUGCUAAAAACAAUUACCUGUCGAGGGCCAGUCGAAUUAAUCUGUCCCAACAGCUGAAGCUGACUGAGAAGCAAAUAAAGGUAUGGUUCCAAAACAGGAGGAUGAAGAACAAGAAGGAUACUGUUUCUUCAACGGAUCGUCCUAUUAGCAGCAGUCGCAGUUCAUACAGGAGAAACUUUUCACAGCCAAAUGAUGUUGGAUUUCAAGAACCCAGGCAAAUUCAAAGAUACGAACCUCCUCUACCAUUUUCUUUUAGUACUAGUGCAUAUCCUUCCACUUCUGCAUUUCAUCAACCCAUUCCAAAUCAGCUCAGCGCUAACUUUCCACCCUCCCAUGAAUUAUUAAGCCUGUCAGAUAUGUAUUUACGUGAAUCAGAUGUUAUCCCGAAUCAAGCUAUGUCCGGCAAAGCUGAAGGAAUUGAAGAACUUAACAUUCCACAAUUUAACCUCGACGAAAGCUAUAUUAUUUCAAGCGUUAAUGAGACCACUUCUCCUGGGGACGUUAGCUGCAACUUUUCGGAAAAUUGUCAAGUUAUCGACGAUCCAGAAAUAUGUUCUGAUUCGUAUUCGAGUUCGAACGGACUCACAGAAUUGUAACGAUUUUAAAAGAAUUUAUGAAAUGGUUAAUAUAAGACAUAUAUUAUAGAUUGUUCUAGUGUUUCAGUGUUAUGAAUAAUUAAUUUAAUAAGAAAGCACUUUAUAUUGUCUAUAGUUAUAUAACUUAUAGUUACUAUUUCUGUGUUGUACUCCAUUGUAAUACACGAUAUUGUUUUGUUAUUACUUCGAUAAAUUACAUAGUUUUAUAAACAAAA